AUGGCAAGACUAGGCGCGCCUCUCUUUAUUGUUCUUGCUCUUGCUCGAGAUCUAAGGACCGAGGCCUCCGCAACCACCGAAGCUGCAACUCCUAAGAUCCAUAGCUUGCCUGCGGCCGCCCUGCCUCGAGGCCCAUCACAGAAAACGGUUGAGGGGCCAGCGCGUGUCCAAGCAGUCCAAUCCCCGGACGACGCUACAAGUGUCGGCACUCCCAAAGUCGCGAUCGAGGACAGCAUUCGAACAGGCGCUGAAGCCCUGAAGAGUUCAGAGGCUGAUUUCCGGGUGGCCAUGCGAUCAGGUCAGAGCUUGGAAGCCUUGCGCUUGCCCAAGCUGCCUUGGUCUGCAAAGCUGCCAAGAUCUCUUUUAGGCCAAGGCCGUCAACAACAGGCCGACGGCAAUGGAGUUGACGAGGAAGACGAUCCCCCUGUCCGUGCAGAUGGCAAAGUUCGACUUCGUGUGUUUGACGGUGCGAGUGAAAGUCACACUCUAGCUCUGGAGCUGCCUUGUACCAUUUUGGGCUCAUCCCUAAAGUUUGCCCAUGUGGCCGAUGGCACCCACGCCUCGGUCAAAACAGAGCAUGCUGCGGUGAUAUUCGUGCCUCCCGAGUCCUACCUCUUGCAACCGCUCAAUGGCGAGGUUUCCUUGACCUGUGCUUCUCAGCAUGCAGCUGUGAGCAGCAAGUUGCUCCAGGAAAGAAGAUCAGGACCUCAAUGUCGUGCGGGUGCAAAGCUCCUAUCUGUUGGUAGCGCUCCAGAAGAGUUCACCAGACAGCAUUGCUGUUUCCAACUGGGCAAGUCGGAAGUGAUCUUCUUCGUAGACUUGUUGCCGUCGGCGGCCAGCGUCCGUGCACUGGGAACUUCUCGGCACCUUUUGCAGGCUUUCGUUCAUGGAACGGCGUCUGACACCAAGCAGAAGCGGGCCAAGGAACAGAAGUCCGCCGACACCGCACGAGCCUCAGGCCCUCGUGCAGCCAAGUUGGUGCCAGCGAGUGUAGCAAACGAACGGGCCACCGAAGCGAAGCCUUGGCCAGUGGAUGCGCCUCCACCUCCGCUUCCGCCACUGAAGUUUGCGAGGGCUGAAGGUGCACGGCGGUCUCCCAGCAUGUGGCGCCAUGACCGAGUGCAGCGCUCGAUCAGCAUGGGCCUUGGGCUUUGCCGCGCUUUGCAGAGCUCGUGCUCGUCGCACUCGCCGACACUCUCCUCGGCCGAGACAGCGAGAGCCAAGCUCGGAGAGCUUGCCAAGAAGGUCCACGCAGAAGAAGGGGAGAUCAAGAGAGACGCGGAGAUCGCGGCAGACCCCUUCCUCGCCAUCGGCUGGACCAAGCAAGCCAAAUGCCACAAUCCAGCCAACGACUGGAAGAAAGCCGAAGAAGAAAAGAAACCCGCCACGGGCCAAACAGCCCCAGUCUCCUGCCUCCACGGAGGAAAUGUCGUCCUCUCCGGAAGUACAGAAGGACAAGAAGCGGCGCGUGGAAAGCGACCACGACAAGCAAAGGCAGGUGCCAGCUCGAGCGGCCAGCAGGCAAGCGACGAUGGUCAAUGCGAGGAGGGGGAGGACGUGGGUUCUGCUCAGAGCCAGCAGCGCGAAACCGGUGCGACCGAGGAGGCGUCGGAGGAGCCCUGGUGUGAGGAGGUGGCAGAAGAAGUCGAAGAAGAGGCCGAAGAAGCUGAAGCUGGCAGCUCCCAACAUGUCGAGCAGGAGGCCGGAGAGGAGGGCGAGGAGGAAUGCCAAGAAGUUGAUGAGGACGACAUAGAGAUGGUGCUGUCUCUUUCCAUGCAGAAGAAAGUCGAGCAGGCCGCUUGUGUUCCACAGCCAUGCUCCUCUCACGUCCCCGGAGGGCUCCGGAUUUAA